GCCACACUGAUGAUGAUGGCUUUGUUGGAUCCGUGAAGGCUUAUUGCUGGAAAAGGAGGACCGAAUUCCUAUGAAGUUCUUGCUGCUGAAAUUUUCAGAGUAUUGACUUGUUAACCAUGGAAGGAGGAGAGCAAAAAGUUCAGUUAUUUCUUGAUGCGGCGCCCAAAGACGACAUCCCCAUCGCCGCCAAGUCCCUCACCAUCAAGACGACCAAUGCUGCCGGAAGCCGCGGCGGCUCCGACUGGUCGAUCCCCUCCUCGCCGUCGCCGCCGUCCUCCGCGUUCGUCUCCGCGCUGCAGUCCCCCUACAUCUCCCCUCGCGUCGCCGAGCCGCCGCCGCCGCCGCGGCAUCGAGAAACCCCCAAGGUCUCCAGCGCCGCCGGCGCGGCGCCAUCGCCGGCGUCCUGCGCCGACGGGUUCCGCUCGGAGGACACCGAAGCCCCGACGAGCGCCUCCCGCACGCCGCCAUCGGAGCUCUACGACUCUCGAGCCAUCGGCCUGCGCCGCUCUUCCGAUGGCGGCGGCGGGCCGGCGCCGCGCGUGUCCUUCUCCUUCCCCGUGCCGCGCGUCUCGCUCACGCGGGGCGCCGUCGCGUCGCCGAUGUCCAACGGCAAGCUCCGGAGCUGCGACGUGUACAUCGGGUUCCACGGCCAGGGGGCUCCCCUCACAAGGUUCUGCAGGUGGCUCAAGGCAGAGCUCGAGCUGCAGGGGAUCGCUUCGUUCAUGACCGACCGGGCCAGGUACUCCGGCGCGCACAGCCAUGAGGUUGCAGACCGUAUCAUCUGCUCGGCGGCUUUCGGCAUCGUGGUUGUCACCGUGUCCAGCUUCCUCAACCCAUUCGUCCUCGAGGAGAUCCGGUUCUUUGCUCAGAAGAGGAACCUGGUGCCUAUCUUGUUCGACACCCGGGUGUCCGACAUUGCCGGGCUGUUUGACGGCAAGCCGGAGGAUAAGGAGGGGAUGGAGGCGUUCGAGGGGCUAAUGCGGUGCCAUGAGCUGAAGCUCGAGACAGAUGAGAGCAGCUGGAGGAGGUGUGUGUCAAGGGUGGUCACGGUGCUGCAGUCGAAGCUUGGUCGAGGAACAAUUGGCGAGAAGGAGAGUGAUGACGGGUUGCCAUUUCCGCGGAACAAACAUUUUAUUGGAAGAGAGAAGGAGCUUGCUGAGAUUGAGAGAAUGUUUUUCGGGUGUGCGGGGGAUGUUGAAGAUCUUGAGUGCCCAAGGAGCACCAUGCCUAAUUGUGAAACCAGUGGUGUGUCAGAUGGAUUCGCUGAUAAGGAUAGUGAUGCGGUGACGACAUCUAAUGGCGAGUUCAGCAGCUUUGAGUUGCCCAAGUGCAAGCAGCCUAUUUUGGAGACAUUGGUUGAUCUGGCGAUCGAGCAGCCAUCGGUAAAAGGGAGAAGCCUUCAGAAGGAGAGAUCAAAGCACAGGAAGUCAAGAUUCAGGUGCGACAGCAAGGAUCAUGCCAAUGGCAAUGUGAUCUGCAUCAGUGGGAUUUCAGGCAUUGGCAAGACAGAGCUGGCAUUGGAGUUUGCAUACCGGUACUCACAGCGGUACAAGAUGGUGUUAUGGAUUGGAGGCGAGGCCAGGUACUUGAGGCAGAAUAUACUGAAUCUGUCGAGGUAUUUGGGGUUGGAUAUCAGUGCUGAGGCUGAGAAGGAGCAUGGCAGGAUUAGGAACUUUGAGGAGCAAGAGUUGGAUGCUUUUCAAAGGGUGAAGAGAGAGCUUUUCAGGGAUGUGCCCUACUUGCUUAUCAUUGAUAACCUCGAGAGUGAGAAGGAUUGGUGGGAAGGGAAGGACCUGCAAGAUGUCAUACCAAGGAGCACAGGAGCAAGCCACGUCAUGGUGACGACACGGCUACAACGUGUGAUGAACCUUGAACCAAUGCAUCUUCCGCAGCUCUUAUUUCAUGAUGCUAUGGUCCUGAUAAAAGGAAAAAAGAAGAAGGAUUACCCUCCUGAGGAACUAGAAGUUCUGAAGAAAUUUGAUGAGCAGCUGGGACGACUAAGCUUUGGGCUGUGGCUUGUUGGUUCACUGUUGUCUGAGUUGAUGGUUGAUCCUUGUAUUCUGUUUGAUGCUGUUGAGCGGGUAUCGUUAAAUGAUAACAUGAUUGUGCUCAGUUCCAGCGAGGAAAACUUAUGGCAGAACAACCUAUUUCUGAUUAAGGUGUUAGUCUUCUGCUUCGCAUUGAUGGACCAGGUGAAAGGAGGUACCCUUGCCUUGAGGAUGAUCACAGUAGGUUCUUGGUUAGCUCCAUCUCCCAUAUCGUCAACCCUACUAGCUGCCAUGGCCAGCAAGCUACCAACAAAAGCCAAUAGCCUUCAGUUGUGGAGUGCAUCACUUAAGACCGUGCUUUUGUGCAGCACACACUGCUUUCUACCACCGCAAGCAAGGAAAGCUGAGGUGGAGUCAGCACACUUACUAGUUAAACUUGGCUUGGCGCGAAAAACAACUCAACGUGCAGGUUGCUGGAUUCAACUUCACCCAAUUGUGCAGCUGUUCGGCAAGAUCAGCGGUAGUUUGACACCGGCAUCUGCAGCAGUAUCUGGUGUCAUAAGGACUGGCAAUAUGUCUAUGUACUCAGACCACAUGUGGGCUAGUGCGUUCCUUUUGUUUGGCUUCAAAUCAGAGCCACCUGUUGUUAAACUUAAGGCAGUCGACCUGGUGCUCUUCAUCAAGAAGAUAGCACUACCCUUGGCAAUACAGGCAUUCAUGACAUUCUCGCGCUGCAGUUCGGCAUUGGAGUUACUUAAGGUGUGCACCAACAUCCUUGAGGAUGCGGAGAAGUCAAUUGCAUCACGAUUACAGGACUUGAAGCAGGGAUCACUUUGCUGGAAGAAGAAACUGCGAGCAGACAACCAUGUGGAUGAGUUCAUUUGGCAUGAGAUGACACUUCUGAAAGCAAUGCUGCUUGAGACAAGGGCGAAGUUACUGAUGCGAGGAGGAUUAUUUGACAGCGCCGAGGAGCUGUGCAGAACUUGCAUCAGCAUCAGGACGGUCACGCUUGGCCACGACCAUGCCCAGACAUUGGCAGCUCAGGAGACACUAGCAAAGGUUGUUAGAUACAGGAGUAAAAUUUAAGAUGAUGCAGAACCAUGUUAGUGUUUGACGUAAGCAUCCGGAUUUCAUAUUUUGUUCUUGGCUGUCUCAGCAAUUAACCAUUUAGCAUUCCUGGUCAUGGCACGCUUUUGUUUGAUCACAGAAACAGCUAAUGUGAUGA